AGCAAACAGUGCGGGUUGUUUUCAGGACAGCACAAUGAGGAACACUAUUGACGAACACUACUCGAAACUUAAACCACUACAACACCCUGACAGCAUUACCGGGAGCUAGGGGCGUCUUUCUCCCCCACAAUAACUGUUUACAUGGACUAUUAUAGAGCUAACGCCGCUUCCUGACACUUUCAGCGGGCACGAAUGGGAUGAACGCGGCUAGCCGUAGCUAACGAUGGUGCUGGCUGAAUAGCUUCGCGGCUAACCGGUUGUCGUUAGCAGUCAAAUUCAGUUAGCUGCUGACACUGCUCAUCUGCUAAUUGGCAGCCUGUAUUUGCUGGCGCAACCAUGCCUCCUAGACCCUCCUCAGGAGAACUAUGGGGGAUGCACUUGAUGCCCCCCAGCAUCCUAGUGGACUGCCUGCUGCCACAUGGCAUGAUUCUCACGUUGGAGUGCCUCCGAGAGGCCACACUCGUCACAGUCAAGCACGAGCUCUUCAAAGAAGCCAGGAAGUACCCUCUUUACCACCUGCUGCAGGAGGAGAGCUCGUACAUCUUUGUCAGCGUCACCCAGGAGGCUGAGCGGGAAGAGUUUUACGAUGAGACCAGGAGACUGUGUGAUCUGCGGCUGUUUAAGGCCUUUCUCAAAGUUAUUGAGCCGGUGGGCAACAGAGAGGAGAAAAUUCUUAACAGGGAGAUAGGCUUUGCUAUUGGCAUGCCCAUUUGUGAGUUUGAUUUGGUGAAGGACCCAGAAGUGCAGGACUUCAGAAGGAACAUUUUAAAUGUUUGUAAGGAAGCUGUGGAUCUCAGAGACAGUAAUGGACCCCACAGCAGUGCCCUAUAUGUCUAUCCUCCUAAUGUUGAAUCCUCAGCAGAACUUCCGAGGCAUAUCUUUAAUAAGUUAGACAAAGGUCAGAUCAUCGUAGUCAUCUGGGUCAUUGUUUCACCCAGUAACGAUAAGCAGAAGUACACCCUGAAGAUCAACCACGACUGUGUCCCGGAGCAGGUUAUAGCUGAAGCCAUCCGUAAAAAGACGCGGAGCAUGCUGCUCACCCAGGAGCAGCUGAAGAUGUGCGUCCAGGAGUAUCAGGGGAAGUACAUCCUCAAAGUGUGUGGUUGUGACGAGUACCUUAUGGAGAAAUAUCCCAUAAGCCAGUACAAGUAUGUCCGCAGCUGCAUCAUGCUGGGGAGGAUGCCCAACCUGAUGCUGAUGACUAAAGACAGUCUGUACUCCCAACUGCCCACCAACAACUUUACCAUGCCGUCAUAUGCCCGGCGCAUUUCCACGGCGACGCCCUACAUGAACGGGGAAACAGCCACCAAGUGUCUUUGGACCAUCAAUGGAACCCUGAGGAUCAAGAUUCUCUGUGCUACAUAUGUCAACGUAAACAUCAGAGACAUUGAUAAGAUCUACGUCAGGACUGGGAUCUACCACGGUGGAGAGCAGCUCUGUGACAAUGUCAACACCCAGCGUGUGCCCUGCUCAAAUCCCAGGUGGAACGAGUGCCUCAACUACGACAUGUACAUUCCAGAAAUUCCCAGAGCCGCCCGACUCUGCCUUUCCAUCUGCUCCGUGAAAGGAAGGAAGGGAGCUAAAGAGGAGCACUGUCCGCUGGCCUGGGGCAACAUCAAUCUGUUCGACUACACCCACACGCUGGUAGCAGGAAAGAUGGCUCUCAACCUGUGGCCGGUUCCACACGGCUUGGAGGACCUGCUCAACCCCAUUGGUGUCACUGGCUCCAACCCUAACAAGGAAACUCCAUGCCUGGAGCUGGAGUUCGACCACUUCGGCUCUCCGGUAAAGUUUCCCGUCAUGAGCCAGGUGGAGGAACACGCAAACUGGAAUUUCUCCAGGGAGCACGGCUUCAACUACAGCCACACUGGUUUGAGUAACAGGGUUGCUCGUGACAACCCUUUGACUGACAGCGACAACGAGCAGCUACGACAAGUGUGUAACAGAGAUCCGCUGUCUGAGAUCACUGAGCAGGAAAAAGACUUUCUGUGGAGGCACAGGUAUCAUUGUGUGAACAUACCAGAGAUUCUUCCUAAGAUCCUCCUGGCUGUGAAAUGGAACUCCAGAGAUGAGGUAGCACAGAUGUAUUGCCUUCUCAAAGACUGGCCUGCGAUUAAGCCCGAACAAGCCAUGGAGUUGCUGGAUUGUAACUUCCCCGACCCAAUGAUCAGAGACUUUGCUGUGAAGUGCCUUGAGAAAUACCUGACUGAUGACAAACUCUCCCAGUACCUCAUUCAGCUGGUUCAGGUUCUGAAGUAUGAGCAAUACCUCGAUAAUCCACUUGCACGCUUUCUGCUGAAAAAAGCAUUAACCAAUCAGAGGAUAGGACAUUUCUUCUUCUGGCAUUUAAAAUCAGAGAUGCACAACAAGACGGUGAGCCAGCGGUUCGGCUUGCUGCUGGAGUCGUACUGCCGGGCCUGCGGCAUGUACCUGAAGCACCUGAGCAGACAGGUGGAAGCCAUGGAGAAGCUCAUAAAUCUGACUGAACUCCUCAAACAGGAGAAAAAAGAUGAGGCGCAGAAGGUUCAAAUGAAGUUUCUGGUGGAGCAGAUGAGAAGACCUGAUUACAUGGAUGCACUACAAAGCUUUACCUCCCCACUGAAUCCAGCACAUACGCUGGGAAACCUCCGACUGGAGGAAUGCAGGAUGAUGUCAUCUGCAAAGAGACCUCUCUGGCUGAACUGGGAAAACCCAGAUAUGAUGUCAGAGCUGCUUUUUCAGAAUAAUGAAAUCAUCUUCAAGAAUGGAGAUGAUCUGAGGCAGGACAUGCUGACGCUGCAGAUCAUUAGGAUAAUGGAAAACAUCUGGCAGAACCAAGGCCUUGAUCUCAGGAUGCUGCCAUAUGGUUGUCUGUCUAUCGGUGACUGUGUUGGUUUAAUCGAGGUGGUGAGGAACUCUCACACAAUUAUGCAGAUCCAGUGCAAAGGUGGCCUGAAGGGGGCGUUGCAGUUCAACAGCCACGCUCUGCACCAGUGGCUCAAGGAUAAGAACAAGGGGGAGAUGUACGACCAAGCCAUAGAUCUGUUCACGCGCUCAUGUGCUGGCUACUGCGUGGCCACGUUCAUCCUGGGCAUCGGAGACAGACACAACAGCAACAUCAUGGUCAAAGACGAUGGACAGCUGUUCCACAUAGACUUCGGCCAUUUCCUCGACCACAAGAAGAAGAAGUUUGGCUACAAGAGAGAGCGCGUACCAUUUGUGCUCACACAAGAUUUCUUGAUCGUCAUCAGUAAAGGAACACAAGAGUGCACAAAGACCAGAGAGUUUGAAAGGUUCCAGGAGAUGUGUUACAAGGCUUACUUGGCAAUUCGGCAACAUGCCAACCUCUUCAUCAACCUCUUCUCCAUGAUGCUGGGCUCAGGUAUGCCCGAGCUGCAGUCCUUCGACGACAUCGCGUACAUCAGAAAGACGCUGGCCCUGGACAAGUCAGAGCAGGAAGCGCUGGACUACUUUAUGAAGCAGAUGAAUGACGCUCACCAUGGCGGUUGGACCACCAAGAUGGACUGGAUCUUUCACACUAUUCGCCAGCACGCCAUGAACUAAGGCAGGAUAGCUGCGGUGAACCCUAACAGGAGGGAUGGUUGGACAUGAGUGGAUCAUCUCCCAGAACACAUUAAGGCCUGGUUAAAUACUCACCAGCUUGUAGCACGGAAACAUCUGCUAGCACAAAACAAAACAAGGACACUAAAAAAAAACCCUACGUGUUUCCGAAAAGCCCUUUACAGUUAAAGAGCAAUUUACUCUGGUUUCCAUAGGAAAACAUUUGAACUGCAGAAAAUACAUAUUUUCCUACUUUUUAUUCAUUUUACUAUAUUUGCAACCAUUGGCACUAAAGGAGAGGUACUACGACGUGAAUUAGCACCAGACAGCCAGCUUCUUUUGCUACCUAAUUUGAAACUGAAGAAUAGGAGGUGGCGGCUGGCCUGGCUCAGUCAGGACAUCAUGCCUGCAAACACAUUAAUGCAUCACUUUAUGAUUAAUAGGAAAGUCGGCAACACCCUUCAAGCACCGAGCUAAAGCCAGGAUCUCACUGGGCGGCCAAACGUUCCUGAGGGUUCUCAGCUCCCCACAUGUGAGGUUGAAUUUUAAACAUGUUCAAAACAUUUGAGGUCCUAACGUUCUGAUAUGUUGAACUGCUCAUCCGGAGCUCGUCUCAAACCCAACAACAAAUAUAACUAACUAGAGUAAACGCUCAUGCAUAUAACAUAAGUAUUACUAGUAUUACUAGUUAAGUAUAAACACGGCUGGAACUACACACAGCAACAUCAUAAAGCAGUGAUCCCCAACUCCCUUCCCCCAGGGCCGGUAUCCAGCAUGUUUUAGGUGUUUCCCUACUCUAACGCACUUGAGUCACAUGUACAGCAGCUCGUCAGGUUCUGCAGAAGCCUGUCAAUCGCCUGUUGAUUAAAAUCAGCUGUGUUGAAGCAGAGAAAACAGUAAAACAUGCUGGAUACCAGCCCUCAGGGAAGGUUAGGGAUCACUGCAUUUUCAUGGAGCUUAAUGCUUACACUGCAGCCGGCCACUAGGGGGCGUUUAAGUUGUUUUCUCAUUUAUUUUCCUCAAGUUCGAAAGGCUGAGAAUUAAGGGACGAGUUUCAGAUAAAAUAAAGGUAAAAUACAAAUAAAUGAAGACCUAAUGGGAGAAUCCCAAAAAGAGACCGGUCAGUUGGUUCGCUAUUUCCUGACCAUUUCUAAAACUCGUUGCUAAAGUGUCGCUUGUACCAAGUUGGUGUUAUUCCAUCUGGUAAGUAGUGGAUUUUUUUCAUGAUUUUGUGUCUGCAAUUAGGCACCAAUGGCCCGUUGGGACACUGGCGUUACAGAAGAUGGUUUAAGCUAACAACAAAAGUUGGUCAGCUAUGAACGUGAUGCUUUAGAUUUAGUACAGCCGGACGCUUGUAUGCACAUAGUCUUUAAGCCAAUUUUCUACUGAGCCAAAGAUCUACGUCCACAUGAAGCCCACUACUUUGCCGUCUCAUUGAAAACAAAAGUCACUACUAUUUAACAUCUGGUGCUGACUCAGCACUGAUUGUGUUGUAAUUGGUUUGGUCUGUCAGUUGUGUGUGUGUUGAGACGAAAGCCUUCAUAUUCCACUCAACACCAGAGAAAACCUCUCAUUUCAUUUACUUUGCAGCCGCAAACCGUGUGGUGUUCAUCUAGCGUCCUGAGCUGUGACACUAUGCAAGUCAUGACCCUAAUGCUCACUGUAGACCAGAAAACAAACAGAUGUCAGGGAGAAUCAGUCCCACCGGGAAGUACUCUGAAAGCUGUGGCCGAAGUAGAAACGGGGAAGAAGUGAUGAAGCAACACGCUGCCGUGGAACAGUCGUCCACUCCUCAGCUGAACGAACUGCAAUGAAAUACAAAAAUAAAACAUCAAACAAACAAAAAAACCUUCCUUUCUUGUCCUCGCCAAGUGUCUAGCUAACUCUGGAGCCUCAAUUCCUGCCAUGUGUGUAGCGUCGACAUCGGAUGUGUGGUUUUCCACCUGCUCCUAGUCAGACCUGUGACAUUCACGUAGAGAAACGUGUUAUUUUCUCAGCCUUCUAAGACUCGGUUUCAUACAACUUCCUGUGCAAGACGUUUAGUGUUUGUGCUUCACAAAACUACACGCACCUGUACUGUUUUCUGGACAUUAAACAUCUGCACGUGCAUAGAGGCUCUAAGCUGCUCAGGACACGGAUCCCAUCAUGGUGGGACUGGAUCCAAACGGAAAAACACAACAAUCUUGUUUUCACAGCAUCGUGCAUGAGAUCCCUGAGCUCCUUUUACGUUUAACCUGACGAUGUUUACUUGAAUUUCAUGUACAGAAAUGAUCUUGUUACUGUUUUAAGGUAUAGUCACGAUGAAGGUAACAGAAAAUAUUACAUGUGCAAAUGCUUUCCUUGAAUAACUACAGAGGUAAUAUAUAUAUUUUUGUAUUUUUUAAAUGUAAACAAGUUCAUGUAUGUAACUGCUAACCAAAAAAGGAGGGGGGGGGGGGGGCACACUAGCAGGCUCAAAGUCCAGCAGCCAUCAGGAGAGCUGCGACCGCAGGCCGAGUUCUCAUCCUGAAUCAGAACAUUUACACGGGAACCUGAAAGCACAAUAAGCCACCCUGCAUGCUUCACAGCCAACUGGACUUGUGUUGGCUCUAUAGCCACCCAUGUUAUACUACAUAUACCACAAUGCUCUUCCAUAUAACUUGUUUUAACCAUCCUCAAAUUUCUACUUCUGAUCAAAACUACGAAUUCACUUUUUGUGCUGUUGAAUAAAAUAAUUUCUCAAUGAAAAUUAAAAAAAUUCUAUUCAA